GCGCGGCCUUUGUCGCUCUCUGGCUUGCCAAGCACAAGCGUGAUUUCCCCAAUUGCGCAGCCUACCGCACAACUGCCAGCCGGUGACGCGCGUGCAAGCUCUGCUGUACGCUGCCGCAGCGCGCCUCACAAGCAAAGGCAAAGGCAGCACGCAGCGACGCCAACGGUUGCCACUGUGCGAGCUGCUUCAAAUUACAGUUUGACAGCGAUCAAUGCGCCGCUUAUUAAUCCUAGCGCUCGCCGCCUGCGCCGCAGCGCACGAGUCCUGCUGCGAGAAGGCCACCAAAGCGGAGCCCGAGUUCAUCAUCGACCCGGACGACGCGCCGCCCGACGUCUACGAGGGCGAGCCGCGCUACGUCGCGGACCCGGCGGACACGGCGCCCGCCGCGUGGGACGAGGACGAGGACGGGCCGUACGAGCGGCGGUUGAUCGAGAACCCGCGGUACGCGUGGGCGCCGCGGGAGAUAGAAAACCCGAGGUACCGACCGCCGGCGUCGCUCGGGGAGCGCUACGCCGACGAGGUGCGCGAGGCGGCGCCGUGGGUCGCGCUCGGCGCUGUCGUCGCGGCCGUGCUCGACGCGGCGCCCGUGCCGUCGUUCGCGGGGGCGUUGAAAACGCCGGGCGCGGCCGGCGUCGUGGCCGGCGCGUUGGUCGGCCUCGCGACGCCGCUGUGCUCGUGCGGAGUGCUCCCGGGCGCGGCGGCGCUCGCGGCGGAGGGCGUUCCUCUGGGCUCCGUCGUCGCGUUCCUCACGGCCGCGCAGUCGUCCGGAUUGGAUUCGGCGGCGAUCACGUACGGCCUGCUCGGCUGGCGCGCGGCGCUGGCGCGGCUCCUAGGUGCCGUCGUCCUAGCCUGCGCCGCGGGCCUCGCCGUCGGCCGCUCCGCGGCGACGCCGAGGAAGGAGAGCAGCCAGAGAGACGCGCGCCUCGACGCCAAGCCGCUCAAGGGCUUUGGACCGAAGAAGGUCGACGCCUUCGCCGCGGCCGGGGUCCACACGGUAGCGGAGCUGGCCCACUUCGCCGUGUCGGACCAGGCCUUGGCCACGAAGACCGGUCUACCCGUGAAGACCGUGAGCAAGUGGCGCGACGCGGCCGGCGACUGGCUCGAGCACAAUACCUCGAACGGAGGCGGGCCGCCGACGAAGCAGCCGACGAACGUGGUGGCGACGGCGCUCCGCGUCGCCGCCGAGGUCUUUCCCAGUGUUUUAGUCGGUCUCGCCGUGUCGACGGCGGCGCUGCACUACGCGCCGUCCCUCGCCUCGGCGCACGACGCCUACGCCUCGGCGGCAAGCGGCGCGGUCCUGCGCCUCGCCACGCUCGCGGCGACGAUUCCGCUGCAGCUCUGCGAGCACGCGACCGUCACGUUGGCCGCCGGCGUGCAAAAGGGCGGCGGCUCGGCGGGCCUGGCGUUCGCCUUUCUCCUGGCCGCGCCGGCGACGAACGCGUCGAGCCUCCUGCUCCUGGCGAAGCAACCGUCGGCCGUCGCGCGCGCCGUCAGCGCGCUGACGGCGGCGGCCCUCGUGUUGUCAUACGUCGUGGACCUGGCCGGCGCCGAUUUGCUGGUCGUGGCCGAAUCCGAAUCGGACGGCGGCGGCGGCGGCGGCCUCGAGCUGCCCGGAUGGGUCGAGGGACAAGCCGACGCGCUCGUCGCCCUACUGGCGGUGACGACGCUGUACCACGCCGUACGGCCGAAGCGCCACGGCGAGGCGUGCGGGGACGGGUGCAAGGACGAUUAGCGGCUGUGUAAGUGAAAG